GUUAAGUUGGAGCAGACUCAGCGGCGGCCGCCAUUUUGUGCAGUCGCUGGGAAGGAAGGAGACGCCUAACCGCGGCACUGCCGGGUUUGAGGGUAGCCAAACCUACCCACCGUUUUUAUUACCCCGAUUCUCUGUGUUUUGCUCCCGUCUCCGACGAGAGAGGCGGCGACGGUGGCGUCUGCGACGGGAGACAGCGCGUCGGAGCGAGAGAGCGCCGCGCCUGCCGCCGCCCCAACAGCGGAGGCGCCGCCGCCAUCGGUCGUCACAAGACCGGAGCCGCAGGUCCUCCCGAGCCCGGCCAUCCGUGCCCCGCUCCCAGAUCUCUAUCCAUUUGGGACCAUGCGCGGGGGCGGCUUUGGGGACCGGGACCGGGAUCGUGACCGUGGAGGAUUUGGAGCAAGAGGUGGUGGAGGCCUUCCCCCGAAGAAAUUUGGUAAUCCAGGGGAGCGUUUACGUAAAAAGAAGUGGGAUUUGAGUGAGCUCCCCAAGUUUGAGAAAAAUUUUUAUGUGGAACAUCCAGAAGUAGCAAGGCUGACUCCGUAUGAGGUUGAUGAGCUACGCCGAAAGAAAGAGAUUACAGUGAGAGGGGGAGAUGUUUGUCCUAAACCCGUGUUUGCUUUCCAUCAUGCUAAUUUCCCACAAUAUGUAAUGGAUGUGUUGAUGGAUCAGCACUUUACAGAACCAACUCCAAUUCAGUGCCAGGGAUUUCCAUUGGCUCUUAGUGGUCGGGAUAUGGUGGGCAUUGCUCAAACUGGCUCUGGGAAGACAUUGGCGUAUUUGCUGCCCGCAAUUGUUCAUAUUAACCACCAGCCAUACUUGGAAAGGGGAGAUGGCCCAAUCUGUCUAGUGCUGGCUCCUACUAGAGAGCUUGCCCAGCAAGUACAGCAGGUGGCUGAUGAUUAUGGCAAAUGUUCUAGAUUGAAGAGCACUUGUAUUUAUGGAGGUGCUCCUAAAGGUCCGCAGAUUCGAGACUUGGAACGAGGUGUUGAGAUAUGUAUAGCUACUCCUGGCCGCCUGAUAGAUUUCCUGGAGUCAGGAAAGACAAAUCUUCGUAGAUGUACUUACCUUGUAUUGGAUGAAGCUGACAGAAUGCUUGACAUGGGUUUUGAACCCCAGAUCCGUAAAAUUGUGGACCAGAUCAGGCCUGAUAGACAGACACUGAUGUGGAGUGCAACCUGGCCUAAAGAAGUAAGACAGCUUGCAGAGGACUUUCUUCGUGAUUACACUCAGAUCAACGUAGGCAAUCUGGAGUUGAGUGCCAACCACAACAUCCUCCAGAUUGUGGAUGUUUGCAUGGAAAGUGAAAAAGACCACAAAUUGAUCCAACUGAUGGAGGAAAUAAUGGCUGAAAAGGAAAACAAAACAAUAAUAUUUGUGGAGACAAAGAGACGCUGUGAUGACCUGACUCGAAGGAUGCGCAGAGAUGGUUGGCCAGCCAUGUGUAUCCAUGGAGACAAGAGUCAACCAGAAAGAGAUUGGGUACUUAAUGAGUUCCGUUCUGGAAAGGCUCCCAUCCUCAUUGCCACAGACGUAGCCUCGCGUGGGCUAGAUGUGGAAGAUGUCAAGUUUGUGAUCAACUAUGACUAUCCAAACAGUUCAGAGGAUUAUGUACACCGUAUUGGUCGAACAGCCCGUAGCACCAACAAGGGCACCGCCUAUACCUUCUUCACCCCAGGGAACCUAAAGCAGGCUAGAGAGCUGAUCAAAGUGCUGGAAGAGGCUAAUCAGGCUAUCAAUCCCAAAUUGAUGCAGCUGGUGGACCACAGAGGAGGCGGCGGAGGAGGGGGUAAGGGAGGUCGUUCUCGAUACCGGACCACUUCUUCAGCCAAUAAUCCCAAUCUGAUGUAUCAGGAUGAGUGUGACCGGAGGCUUCGAGGAGUCAAAGAUGGUGGCCGGAGAGACUCUGCAAGCUAUCGGGAUCGUGGUGAAGCUGAUAGAGCUGGUUAUGCUAAUGGAAGUGGCUAUGGAAGUCCAAAUUCUGCCUUUGGAGCACAAGCUGGCCAAUACACCUAUGGUCAAGGCACCUAUGGGGCAGCUGCCUAUGGCACCAGUGGCUAUACAGCCCAAGAAUAUGGUGCUGGCACUUAUGGAGCUAGUAGCACCACCUCAACUGGGAGAAGUUCACAGAGCUCUAGCCAGCAGUUUAGUGGGAUAGGCCGGUCUGGGCAGCAGCCACAGCCACUGAUGUCACAACAGUUCGCACAGCCUCCGGGAGCUACCAAUAUGAUAGGUUACAUGGGGCAGACUGCCUACCAGUACCCUCCUCCUCCUCCUCCCCCUCCUCCUUCUUCACGUAAAUGAAGCCACUCAAGUGGUAGUGACUUGUGCAGACCUAAUUGCAUUUUAAGGAACACUGUCUUUUAUUUUUUUUUUCUUCUUCCCCUUUUCUUUCUUUUUCUUUUUUAUUUUUUUUUCCCCAACCAUUGUGAUUUGUCUUCACGCAAAUUAGUUAGAAUUCACUGCCAGGUUUCUUAUGCCCGCCAAAAUGAUCCAGUCUGUAAUAACAGAUUUUGUAAAAAAUAUAUAUAUAUAGCCGACUGGAAGAGAUUAAUUUCUUCCCCCAACUUCUUGCAUGUUGAGGAUAUUUGAGCUAUUUUUCAUCUUUAAAAAAUGAGUAAUGUAUUAGGCCCUUUUGUGGGAGCCCAUCAUCUUUUGUUGUCCUGAGUUGGGGGGGAGGGGGGAGGGCUGAAUUGUUCUGCAGAAGAAGAUGGCACUUGUGCUUUAAAUUGCUCUCAUUAUUUGGUUAGUAAACCAAGAGGGAGUUCCCUGCACAUUUUCCAUAGUGCUUUUUAAUAUUUCUAAAGUUGGAGCAGGGUUCCUCAGGCCCAAUGAGUUUUUAAGACAGUGCUUUGCAAUUACUUCAGAAUUACUAAUUGGCUUUAUCUCCCUUUACACUUUGCUUCCCCCCCAUUACUGAAAAAAUAAUCGUUUUAGUGUGUCAGGUUAGAAAUUGAGUUGCUGAGUCUUAAGUGCAUCUUUUAAAUUAAAAACCACAAGUGUUCAUUGCAGUGGAUAAACUAUAGCAUCUCAGCAUCUGGGUGGAAACUGCGUAUUUUUUUUCCUGAUAUCAGCAACCAUCUGAAAUUCGUUUUCCAACCAUACAGCUGCUGUGAGCAAAUGAACAUGAAUGUUCACUGAAAACUUAGUUAUUAACCAUUGAGCAUGCGUUCACCUGCAGUGUAAAAAACACCUUUAAUUAUCAACAGAAUAAACUCAAAAAUGGGCAGAUUUUCUUUUCAAAUGCAGUGUCAGGAUAGAAUAAAAGCGCUCUCCCAGCUACUCUGCCCUUUUGGCCAAAUUAUCUUGAACAAAGAAUCUUAAAGACUCAUUCUCUUCACACUCUGUUCUCUACAGUGCUUUAUAACAGCUUCUGGGUGCACAUUUUCCUCGGCAUCCUUUUGCACUCAGCUUUUUACAGGUAGGUAGUGCUUAAGAAAUGUUAUGGAGGACUAAAGCCUAAGUCCUUUUUGCUUUUCCUCUCUGAAGGUAGGUGAGUUCGGCCUCUUCAUAGUAAUGCUGUUUUGCCGAGACUUUCUAAAGUAGGUGGGCCUGGAAAGAAUUUUCUGCUCCUAUGUUCACCAUAACAGGAUAUAGAGAUCAAACAGACCCAGAAACUUCUUCCAGAUCCAAUGUGGACUGUUAAUUUUUAUGUUGCUAAUUGGUGUUCAUUUAAACUGCAGUUAGAAGGGGAGGGUUCCACUGCGUUCUUUGGCUAAGGCUUAAGGAUGCUGCUGGUUUGUAAGAUCUAAGUACUUGAGGAUUUUUGUUUUUGUUUUCCUUUUAAAAUUCUUCAGGGAGACAGAAGGGAUGGUUUCUGAGGGGUUCUGAAAGUAUGAUUCAAUGUGCAACAUACAGGUAGGUUGUCAGCAUAAGCUGAAAUAUAUGCAUGUAAAAGCUUUUAUACAUCUUUUUUUAUUUUCCACUUUCUUCUUCCUUAACUUUACUUCUCUUUUUGUCCCCCCCAUCUUAUAGAAGUUGAGGCCAAGGGAGGAUGGUAGGCACAGCAAAAACAUCGCAAAACUAUUCGGUGCUUUCAAACCAAAGUGUUCCCCCUUCCCCCAAACUUUGUCUAAGCACUGACCAGUCUGUUGUGGACAAUUUUUUCUGCACCCAAAUUUUGGUGUUUUGUUUUUUCCUUUAAACAUAGAGGUUCCACCACAGAGAAUGGCCUACUCUCCUUUGCAGCUCUUAAAAGCAUCUGUUUGCAGGAAAGAUCCCUGGGCAAGCAAGCAGUUAUUUGGAUUGCUUGCUUCCCUUUUUCUGCCAGGGACAUUAUAAUCAUAUUGUAGCAAUUCCAAAUCUCAAAAGCUAUUGUGGCCUGAGCACAGCUGAAAUCUAGCAGUUAAACUCUUCUGCCUCCAUGUCUGUCACUCAUAAUUCAGGUUCUGCUGUAGGCUUCAGAACAUGAGCAGAGUAACCGUUUGAUGCUAGUUACUGCAUUCAUGGUUGAAACUCAACUUAGGGAAAGGGUUUCAAUGUAUUAAGCUAUGGGCUGCUCCCCAAUUCCUCCCUAACGAUCCAUUGUGUGGACUUCUCUCAUCUAAAAGGUUGGUGGCUUUUGCUUGGGAUCAGUGCUCUCUAUUCAUGUCCUUGCUGGUCUCUGAACACAUUCCUGUUGCAUUAAGACUUGAAAGAUUUGUAGAUGUGUGAUGUUCAGGCACAGGAUGCUAAGAGCUAUGUUACUAUUCUUAGUUUGUAAAUUGUCUUUUUGAUACCAUCUUGUUUUCUUUUUGUAGGUAUAAAUAAAAACACUGUUGACAAUAA